AUGGUUCGUUUGGUUUUGGUUCACGUUGCUUCACUGCUUUUGUUCCUUCAAACAUCCAAACAGACUGAUGUCGAGUCGAACCAUCUUGAGGAUUUAAUAAAGACAAAUAAUGGUCUAUAUUUUGUGAAUUUAAAAGCAAACAUUUCUCGAGAAGAAAAUGAAAUCAAAAAUUCCGAUCCAAAUGGAAUGAAGAAUAUCGAUGAAUACAUUAGCUGCAGAAGUGAUUAUGUGACUGGUGAUGCAGCCAAUUAUGCUUGGUCUCAUAUACGAGAAAUGCAGGCAAAUUACAGGCGACAAUAUCGUGAGUAA